AUGCCCCUCAUACCUGUUCACGUACCCCCUCUCCAGCUGCUCGACGAAGCGCACCAGGCUCUUGGGGAAAGCGUCGAGCACGGGGUACGCGGGGUUGGCGAAGUUUGUGGUGUGGAGCGCUUGGACGGACGUCUUGAGUUCCGCGAGCAUUCCGGGUACCUUGUGGUCGAAGUGUUUUUUGGCGGACAGGUGGGAGAGGAGGGUGGUCAGAGCGGAGUGGAUGGUGGAGAGUUGGGAGGGGUAUUGGGAGUUGGGGAGGUGUUUGGGGAGGUCGGCGGAGACGUAAGUGUGGAUGUGUUUCAGGUAGGCGAGGGAUUUGGCGGAGAGGGAUUGGAAAUUGGCGGGACGUUGCAACUUUUGCUUCACACCGCUAUAUCCGGAAUCCUUCCCGGCAAGUUUCUCGAUUCUUUUGCACAAUUGUUCAAGGCUUUGGGUGACUAUACUGUGUAA